CUUCCACCUUCAUCUCCUCUUACCAUGGCGUCCGUCGCCAGUUCUUCCGCGUCAAAAGUCUGUCCUGUGUGCAAUGCGAAUCCGACGAAAUACACGUGUCCUGGGUGCGAAACUCCCACCUGCUCUCUCCCAUGCUCCAAGGCACACAAAGAACGUACUCGAUGUACUGGCCAGCGGAAUAAAGUAAAAUACAUUCCAAUGAAUCGAUACGGAUGGGGAGAAAUGAUGCGUGACUACACAUAUCUAGAGGAUGUCGGUAGAAAGACCUGCGAAUGGAGUAAGGAUGUGUCUGGGUACGGCGGCUGGAAAGGCAAGGGAAAGUCUAGGGGAGGCAAGCGCGAAGCUCUGCAAAUAUACCUUGAAACUUUGGGUAUUACAAUGGAACUACUUCCGAUGGGUAUGUCGAGAAGAAAGCUAAAUCAAUCUACUUUGGAUUCAAGAACACAAACCGUGUAUCUUACCAUUGAAGUAAAAAAACACACUUCCUCAACAAUCCAUUCCACGACCUUAACCCAUCGACACAAACUCGAUACUGUACUCUCAGAUAUUAUUGACAUUCAUCCGUCCUCAUGGUGUGUACUUCGGGGUCAAAACGAAUCCAUCGACAGGUCCAAAACACUUGAAGAAGUACUGAAAGGUGCCACAUUUGUCGAGUAUCCAACAUUCGAUGUCUGGGAGGAGAAGCCCAAGAAGAUGGCUGUUGGCGCGUUAAAAGGCAUACUGGGUGGAUAUGGGAGCGAGGAUGAGGGAGAGCCAAUAAAAAAUGUCGCUCGAGAAGGCGGUAUGGCCGCGUUAGGAGAUUAUGAUUCCAGUUCUAGUGAAGGGAGCGACGAAGAUAGCAAAGCAGAGGUUGAUUGGGGUGACUCGGAGGUAGACGAGGAAACGGUCACUUCUUGAAAUUUUGGAUUCAGUGGCGGUUAAUGUUUCUCGCCUGCCAACAAGGGUUCAUGCGUUCACGCAUUGUCAUCAAGGGCGCGUAAAAUCUUGAGGAGUAAGAUAGACGACAUUCGCCGCCAUCGAGUCACAUGACCACUAGUGUGACAAAUAGUCGGGCAGCCUCUGUGUGGAGCGGGGGGGGCGGGAGGCGAAAAAUAAAACCACAGAUAUGUUCAGUUUAAUGUAUUCCAUCAUUCUGUGGUACAGAUUUUCAAAAUAUAGUUCCGUACCUGA